AUGCCGCACCGAGACGUACAUAAUCCUUUGUUAUUUGAGAUUGCAUGGGAAGUUGCUAAUAAAGUCGGCGGAAUUUACACCGUUAUCAAAACCAAAGCACCGGUAACAUGUCAAGAAUACGGUGAUCGAUUCACCCUAAUUGGCCCUCUUUCAUACAAAACUGCAGCCGCAGAAGUAGAACCCGAAGAACCAACCACACCGCAUGUUCGCGAAGUUCUUGAGGGCAUGGCUUCGCAAGGAGUGAGAUACAUGUACGGCCGUUGGUUGAUUGAAGGAGCCCCGCGUGUGCUUCUAUUCGAUACACAAUCGGUAUUAGAUAGGAUGGAUGAUUGGAAAGGAGAUUUGUGGAACGUGGCGAAUAUUCCUUCGCCUCCAAAUGAUACGGAAACUAAUGAAGCUAUCUUAUUUGCUAUUAUUGCUCAUUUCCACGAAUGGUUAGCUGGCAUAGCAAUCCCACUUAUCCGAAAACGUCAUAUUGAUGUCUCAACUAUAUUCACAACUCAUGCCACCCUCCUCGGUCGAUAUCUUUGUGCUGGCUCUGUCGAUUUUUAUAAUAAUAUUCAAAACUUUAUUGUGGAUGAAGAGGCUGGAAAACGUGGCAUUUACCAUCGAUAUUGCGUGGAACGUGCUGCUUCACAUUGCUCGGAUGUGUUCACCACUGUGAGCGAUAUCACUGCAUAUGAAGCUGAGCAUUUGCUAAAGAGAAAACCUGAUGGAAUACUUCCGAAUGGAAUUAAUGUCAUUAAAUUCUCUGCAAUGCACGAAUUCCAGAAUUUGCAUGCAGUCAAUAAGCAAAAGAUUCAUAAUUUUGUUCGCGGUCAUUUCUACGGUUACUACGACUUUGAUCUCGAUAACACGUUAUAUUUCUUCACGGCUGGUCGUUAUGAAUAUAGAAAUAAAGGUGUUGAUAUGUUUAUCGAAUCGUUAGCACGGCUAAAUGAUCGCCUAAAGGCAUGCAACUCACCAAUGACUGUAGUUGCAUUUAUAAUUAUGCCUGCUGCCACGCACUCUUUCACUGUUGAAGCUCUUAAGGGUCAAGCUGUCACAAAAAGUUUACAAGAAACAGUCAAAGAUAUAACGGAUAAGAUUGGACAACGAAUAUUUGAGAAGGCUGCUCGAUACACUGGUGGUGACAUUACCGGUGCGGUGAUUGAUCCAUCAGAAUUACUUAGCGCCGAAGAAAAGGUUUUAUUAAAGCGACGUGUAAUUGCACUUAAACGAAGUUCACUUCCUCCAAUAGUGACACACAAUAUGGCAGAUGACAGUAAUGACCCAAUUCUCAAUCAGUUACGUCGCCUUCAAUUAUUUAAUAACCCAUCAGAUAGAGUAAAAGUGAUAUUCCAUCCGGAAUUCUUGAACUCCAACAAUCCAUUAAUUGGAAUGGACUAUGACGAUUUCGUACGUGGAUGCCAUUUGGGCGUUUUCCCAAGUUAUUAUGAGCCUUGGGGCUAUACCCCGGCUGAAUGUACAGUUAUGGGUUUGCCGUCAAUAUCUACCAAUCUAUCAGGUUUCGGUUGCUAUAUGGACGAAACCAUCGAAAAUCCAGCAGAUUAUGGUAUUUAUAUUGUCGAUCGUCGAAUGAAAUCCGUCGAGGAAUCAAUUCAACAACUAGCGAACUACAUGCUAACGUUUGCACAAAAAACACGUCGUCAACGAAUCAAUCAACGUAAUCGCACUGAACGAUUAUCCGAUCUUCUUGAUUGGAAAAUCAUGGGAAUGGAGUACGUUCGAGCACGGAAACUUGCUCUUCAUCGUACAUAUCCUGACUCAUUUUCGGGACAUGAUCUAAGCGAUUUGCAUAAUUCCAAAGUGAAACUUCCGAAACCUUUGUCUGCACCUGGAUCACCGAGAAUCCGUGGUAAUGGUGGGUAUUCAAACACCGAUCAAAUUACUAAUGGCGUGGCUGAUAUGAGUUUCAAUUUAAACAAUGACGAAGAAGAUGAGUAUCCGUUCCCGUUACCACUCAGACGUCGAAGUAGUGCUAGUGAGGGUGAUUUGAAGAGACUUUAA